CUUUACUACUUGAAGAGUACAAUACCCGGCAGCAACUCGCGCGAGACAGGGGUAUAUUCUCGCGAGAUGUCUGGGAGGCGGCCGUGAUGGCGGCGGCGGGAACCGGCCAUGGCUCUGGAGCGGGUGCAGGACCUGGCCCUGGAGCAACCCCAAAUGCAAUAGCGGCAGAAGAGGGGGAGACAAAACCGGUGGCAGCGAUGGCAGCCGCUCCGGCCGGAGAGGGAGCGUCAGCUGCACCGGCGCCCGCGGAGCCCAGUUCUGGGGAGGCAGAGAGCGGGGAUGCAAACUUGGUUGAUGUAAGUGGCGGUUUGGAGACAGAAUCCUCUAAUGGAAAAGACACAUUAGAAGGUGCUGGGGAUACUUCAGAGGCGAUGGAUACUCAAGCUGGCUCUGUGGAUGAAGAGAAUGGCCGACAGUUGGGAGAGGUAGAAUUGCAGUGUGGGAUAUGCACAAAAUGGUUCACAGCAGAUACCUUUGGCAUAGAUACUUCAUCCUGUCUACCUUUCAUGACCAACUACAGUUUCCACUGCAAUGUAUGCCAUCAUAGUGGGAAUACCUAUUUCCUCCGAAAGCAAGCAAACUUAAAGGAAAUGUGCCUUAGUGCUUUGGCCAACCUGACGUGGCAGUCCCGAACACAGGAUGAACAUCCAAAAACCAUGUUUUCCAAAGACAAGGAUAUCAUACCCUUUAUCGAUAAAUACUGGGAGUGCAUGACAACCAGACAGAGACCUGGAAAGAUGACUUGGCCAAAUAACAUCGUCAAAACAAUGAGUAAAGAAAGAGAUGUGUUCUUGGUAAAGGAGCACCCUGAUCCAGGGAGCAAAGACCCUGAAGAGGAUUACCCCAAAUUUGGACUGUUGGAUCAGGAUCUUAGUAACAUUGGUCCUGCUUAUGACAACCAAAAACAAAGCAGUGCUGUGUCUACCAGCGGGAAUCUAAAUGGUGGAGCCACUUUUGGAGGGGGAAUCACAGCAGGCAGCAGUGGGAAAGGAAGAGGAGCUAAACGCAAACAGCAGGAUGGAGGGACCACGGGAACCACCAAGAAGGCCCGGAGUGACCCUUUGUUUUCUGCUCAGCGUCUUCCCCCUCAUGGCUACCCCUUGGAACACCCAUUCAACAAAGAUGGCUAUCGGUACAUCCUUGCUGAGCCCGAUCCACAUGCUCCUGACCCUGAGAAGCUUGAACUUGACUGCUGGGCAGGAAAGCCCAUUCCUGGAGACCUCUAUAGAGCCUGCUUGUAUGAACGGGUUUUGUUGGCCCUGCAUGAUAGAGCUCCCCAGCUGAAGAUCUCUGAUGACCGGCUGACCGUGGUAGGCGAGAAGGGCUACUCCAUGGUGCGGGCCUCCCAUGGGGUGCGGAAAGGCGCCUGGUACUUUGAAAUCACUGUGGACGAGAUGCCGCCAGAUACUGCUGCCAGGCUGGGAUGGUCCCAGCCCUUAGGUAACCUUCAGGCACCCUUAGGUUAUGAUAAAUUUAGCUACUCUUGGCGGAGCAAAAAGGGGACCAAAUUUCACCAGUCUAUUGGCAAACACUACUCUUCUGGCUAUGGACAGGGAGAUGUCCUGGGAUUUUAUAUCAAUCUUCCUGAAGAUACAGAGACAGCCAAGUCACUGCCCGAUACCUACAAAGACAAGGCUUUGAUAAAAUUCAAGAGUUACUUGUAUUUUGAGGAGAAAGAUUUUGUGGAUAAAGCUGAGAAGAGCCUGAAGCAGACUCCGCACAGCGAGAUAAUAUUUUAUAAAAAUGGAGUCAAUCAAGGUGUGGCUUACAAAGAUAUUUUUGAGGGGGUUUACUUUCCGGCGAUCUCACUGUACAAGAGCUGCACGGUUUCCAUUAACUUCGGCCCAUGCUUCAAGUACCCUCCGAAGGACCUCACUUACCGCCCUAUGAGUGACAUGGGCUGGGGCGCUGUGGUCGAGCACACCCUGGCCGAUGUCCUGUAUCACGUGGAGACGGAAGUGGAUGGGAGGCGCAGCCCUCCCUGGGAACCCUGACGGUCUGAGCUCUUUUCAGGCUUGAACUUCCUGGAGAAUAAGGCUUGAGGUUUCCGUUUUUAACUCUCAACUGUUCUCCCAAAGAUGCUGCAGGGCGCCGCACCCCUUCAGCCCGUUGAGAGGUGGGUGGCACUGCCCGCCCUUCCCUCACCGCUCCCCGUGACGCUCCCGUGUUGUGUGCCAUCAGCCGGCAGCUGCCAGCCGCAGCCGCAUUCACUCCCUGUAAAACGGUGCUGUCCCGUCUCUGCCGGCAGGGACUUCUUUCCUUGCUGCAUUGUCUGAGGAGUGGUGCUCUGCACAACAGCUGACUUUCUAACAGACACCUCCUUCUGUGGGCAUCGACUCUGCCUGCCUGGACCCCAGGCUGUGGGACUGUUCUGAGAACUGAAAUCUGGCAGUAUGUUCCGGGCCCAUCUGAAAGUGCUUUCCUUUUGGUGUGGGUUUGGCUGCUGAUUUUGAAGUACACCUUUUAACCUGGAAUCUCUGAAACUACUAGGUCCCUAGAACUGGAAUUGUGGAAGACUUGCUCCGCUUUAGCAGAAUUAGAUCCCUUCUCUGAAUAAAACUUGCUCCCAGGUUUGUGUGGUACUUGGUUUACCUCGGGGCAGCUGUCUUAGCGCAGUUGUCAGAGACGUGGGCAGUGCAAGGAAGGAGGGCAGCUGGGAAGGAGAGGCGGAUCUGAUUUACAGCCCGCCCCUCCUGCUCCCGUUCUCACUGCCAAAUCCAGCGCCUGGGGAAAUCGGAAUCUCAGCGUCAUGAACAGGAGUUUCACAGGGCUAACGGCUUCCUCCACUUUCUGUGAACAUGGUGUGCAGCCUGUUCCCUGCCACGUGUGUCUCCCUCAUAUUAGCUGACGAUGAAAGUGCAGUUUGCAGGGCUGGGGAUGUAGCUCACUGGUAGAACAUUUGCCCAGCCUGUGCAGAGACCCUCAGUUCAGCCCACAGAACUGCCAAAGGAAAACAAGAGCAGUUUUCAGAAUCCCAGAAACCACAGUAAGCUUUGUUUGGGAUCUGUCCGGUUCCCCCAUCUCCCUUAAAUACACAAGUCUAGUGGCAAAUGCAGUUCUCCCAGGUUGCCCAGAGACGCCACAUCUAACUGUCCACCGGGUCAGUAAGCAGACUGGCUUAACAGGUGAAAUACUGACACAAACGCUGCAUACCAUGCCUGUGAUGCUGCUGAGUAGCUUAUUUUUGUUUUCCUGUUGAAAAGUUUUUCCAAGUUCAAGUAGAUUUUGGCAUCAUCACACAGUAGGUAGCGUUGAUAAUUUUAUUUGCCUUUUAAUGAACCAUCCAGAUUCCUUGUUUUGUCCAUUCCACUUUUUUGCUUUGUUUUGCUUUAGGAGACAGAGUCUUACUAGGUAGUCCAGGCUGGCUUUGAGUUC